AUUGAGGUGGAGGAUGUGAGAAUUGUAUAUGGUUUGCCAAUGGGAGACAUUCCCAUUGUUGAAGCCAAAUCAGACAGAGCAAGUGAAGAUUUUGGUGUAUUUAUAAAAAAUUGGAGGUCAAAAUGGCAAGGCAAAACACCAUCUGUAAACCAAAUUAUUGCUCAAUAUACAAGUGAUAAAUUCAAAAACCAAAGGCCAGCAGAAGAAGAUUUUCUCACCAACUUUUUGGUAGUUGUUGUGAAUUGUUUGAUGAAGUGUAUUUCAAACAACCAAUGCCAUUUCAAGUUUCUGUUUUCUAUGAUGGACAAAGAAAAAAUAAAAAACUUGAAUUGGUGUCAGUACGUGUUUGACUCUCUCAUCAGUUGCCAUGUGACAUGGAGAAAGAGUGGAGGAAAAGGAUUCUACAAUGGACCACUGCAAUUUCUGAUGGUAAGUUUACAACACACAAUAGUAAAUUAUAAAAUGUUCAUUUUAGUAACAAUGAAUGUUCAUUAACAAAAUGUUAAAUAUCGAUUUCGUCUAAAAUUUUAAUCUUUUAUAUUAAUUGUUCAUUUGUAUUAUAUUAUAUGUUCAUUUAUAGUAAUGGGUUUUGGUGCAGCUGUUCUACUUUGACAGAGUUCAAAGAUUGAACAAAAAACAACCAAGAACAAUUCCAAUAAUUUCUUGUUGGAAAAGGGAUAUGUCACUUGAAAGGAUAAAAACAGAAAAUGAUUUGAACUAUGGAUAUGGAAAAGUCCUUCCAAGAAUAGAAGAAAAGCCUGCAGACAAUCCUAAGGUACAAAAUGAUCAUUUAUAAAUUAUGAAAUGUUCAAUAUCAAAACACAUAAUGUCUUAUAUGAUUUUUCUUAUAUGUUCUAUAAAUGACAGGUCAUUAUGAAUGAAUUUGCAUCAAUGGUACAAGAAGUUGGUGCAUCUUUGGCAAGACUUUCUACCAAAUUGGUUAAGGCAAAAGAGCUCUUCCCUGGGAAUCAGUUGGUCAAGAAGGUAGAUGAAGUGUUGGGAAAGAUGGCAAGAGAACAAUCAAUUCUCAGCCAAGAUGAAGAAAUAUUUGGAUCAGAGGAUUUUUUGAAUGCCAUAGCUCAAAUUGAGAAGGAACUGAUGGAGGCAAGUGAAGCAGAAAAAAAGAAAAUAGGAAAUGAGAAGGAAUAUGAUAUAAGGAAGGCAUUCAGUUUGGGUUGCAACUUAACUCCCCCAACUCCAACAACUGAAGCACAGAUUAAUGUUGCAGCCACAACUUCAACAACAACUGAUGCAAAUGUUUCUUCUAAGCCAGAAGAGGAAAGAGUUGGAGGUUCAAAUUCUGAAGAACCACAAGAUGGAGGAAAUUCAGAAAAAGGUAAAAAGUUCACUUAUAUAGUAUUAAAUGAACAUUUGUGA